CGUUGUGCUCAACGGAAGUGGAAGUAGUCGUGCAGCUCCACUCUCAGCAAACUCUGUUCGCCAUAACAGUUGGCUUAGUUAGUCCCCUUCCCAUAAUUUAGCCUAGUAUUCGACUAUGACGCUUUUAUCCAAUGUUACAGAGCAAAUAUAGCAUUUUCCUCAGCAGGGCUGCAACUCCCCCUUCCUAUGGAACUCACCGAACGCGGAACUUGGUGUGUGCGGCUGUCGUCUUGUUCUCGCUCCGUUCAAACACCAUCAGGUGUGUCCAGACAUAACCUCUGCUGUGACAGGGGAGACUGGGGCAGGAAAGUCCUCCUUCGUUAAUGCCAUCAGAGGUCUUCAAGAUACUGAUGAAGGAGCUGCACCCACUGGAGUCACAGAAACCACCACGAUCAUGGCUGAUCAACAGGAUGAACUCCGUGCUUUACUAAAUGAUUCUGGUGAACCGACCUUGGAGAGGGCCAUUGCCAAAGCCAGAGAGAUGGUGGAUAGGUUAGAUAAUGUCACUCUCAACAUUGCUGUGACAGGGGAGACUGGGGCAGGAAAGUCCUCCUUCGUUAAUGCCAUCAGAGGUCUUCAAGAUACUGCUGAAGGAGCUGCACCCACUGGAGUCACAGAAACCACCAUGGAGCCCACCAUGUACCCCCACCCAACCCUGCCCAAUGUGAACUUAUGGGACCUGCCAGGCAUAGGGAGCCCAACAUUCAAAGCACAAACCUACAUGAACGAUGUCAAAUACCAAAACUAUGACUUCUUUAUCAUAGUAAGUGCAUCCAGAUUCAAGGACACUGACAUCAUGUUGGCAAAAGAAAUCAAGAAAAAUAAGAAGAAUUUCUACUUUGUUCGCACAAAGACUGACUUUGAUGUAUCACGAGAAGAGAAAAGGGGAGUAACAGAGAGGGCAACACUUCAGAACAUAUGGAAGAACUGUGUGGAUAAUCUCAGAACGCUGGGACCCCCUCCUGUCUUCCUCAUUACAUCAGAUAAUCUGGAAAGGUUUGACUUCCCGAAACUGGUAAAAAUUCUGGAGAGGGACCUUCUAGAGGAGAAGAGAAAUGCUCUGGUUUUGAGUUUGCCUGUUUAUUCCAAGCAGUUUCUUGAGCAGAAAUAUAGUUUAUUCAAGAAAGCAGCAUGGGCUGUGGCCAUCGCAGCAGGUGCCAUAGCGGCAGCCCCAGUACCAGGUCUCUCACUAGCAUGUGAUGUUGCCAUGGUAGUAUCUUUCCUAACCAAAUGCUACAAUUCGUUUGGUCUAAAUCAUAGAUUCCUUGAAAGAUUGCCACAGAGAGUAAAGAAGCCAAUACUGGCAAUGGUUAGAGAAUCAGAACUUGUCAUGGCGAUUGCUGAAGAAUCAUCGGUUGCAACAAAAGUGUCAGCAAGGCUUGGGGCAGCACGGGUUAUGGAGGCACUGUUCAGACUUGUUCCUAGUGCUAGAAACACAGCAACAGCUGGGGUAUCUCUUGCUAACACACUAUAUAUGCUCCUAGAAGGGGUGAAGGAACUGUAUAGUGUAGCCAAAAGGGUGAAUGAAAUGGCAGAACUAAUGCAGAGUAAAGCAAACCUGUGACCCAGGCUUAAUGGGUGGGAAUGCUUACCAUGUUUAAGAUCCAUGAUAUGUGAAUCAAGAACUAUGUUUUACAACAAUAUUAGGAAUUAAUUUAAGUUUCCUUUGUAAACAAGAUAUUGAUGUGUAUCAGGAUGAGUGGGUGGAUAAUCAAAUGCCUUUCAUAUGUAAAUGAUGUGCACAUUGUGAAUUCAUCUGAAUCAAGGACUAAUUCAUUUGUUUUGUCUUGAGUUGUCUUUUUCAGAUCUGAUUAUUUUUUUAAAUCAAAUUCUAGUAAUGUUCUAACCAGGAUCUAUAUAAGAGCCUUUCAAUCAACUUCUGCACAAUCUGAGAAACUAUUUAAAAAUACUUUCCUUUUCUUUGGCCAUGAGCCUUUUUUGUAUUCACUGGGUAUCCUUUUAAUGUUGCUGUUUUUGAUUACUGUCAAACAAUCAGGACAACUCUGGGAUCAUUAGCAUGCAGGAAUCAGUAAAUAUGUGUAGUGUUAGUGUUGUAGUGUUAAAGUAUACUGUGUGAUGAACUGUUUAGUGUAGCCAAAGGCCUGGUUUGUGUUGAAGAGUGGGGAUGUCUGCUACGGACAUGGCCAGAGUGAGGCCCAUAUUCAGACCAAGAGUUUCACGCCCAAGGCCUUGCAUUUAUGCUGUUGUCUGUAAUGACCUUUUCCAGCAAACCAUUUUUGGUAUUGUACAUAGUAACACUGGACAUGUGAAAGAUGCUUUGUCUAUAUGCAACACCACAGUGUAUUAGAAAAAAAUGGAAUAAAAAUAUAUUUGAAAAAGUACUGGAUUGCUGUGUUUUUAUAUCGUAGUCGACUGUAACAGGUUUUGUGCACAUUGCUGGUAUUAUAGCACCAUCUACAGUGUAGUUCAUGCCAAUGUGGUUAGCGCCCCUAGAGGUGUUGGAUAAACUGUAGAGUGUAGCCAAAAGCCUGGUGCAAAUGGCAUUACUAAGAGUAAGGCAGUCAGUUCAUGUGAUUCAG